CGCAACUACUACAACACAGGUAUUCUCUUUAGCUCUAUAUCCAUCUCGGAUCUCUGCUCUCUAUUUCCAUCUCGGAUCCCUGCUCUCUAUUUCCAUCUCUAUGCCAGACUCCACCUCUAUCCAUACGCUGGAACUGCUUCCAGUUCCGGCCGGGUAUUUUGAACGCCAUCCCACCGGAAAGCCCCACGUGCCUACCCUUGAGGCGUACGAGCGCAUGCACAAAGAAUCGAUUGAAAACCCGGCUAGGUUUUUCGGCAACUGGGCAAACAAGCUUUUACAAUGGGACGUGCCCUUUGACAGUGCGCGCCUUCCAGAGCUGCCCGUGAACGACUUCAAGAACGGUGAAAUUCCGUCCUGGUUUGUGGGCGGCAAGCUCAACGCGUGCUACAACGCCGUCGACAGGCACGCAAUGAAGACCCCCGACAAGGUUGCCAUCAUCUGGGAGCCAGAUAACGUGAAUGAAGCGGGCAAGAAGAUCACAUACGGGGAGUUGCUCGCACAGGUGUGCCGCUUCUCGCAGGUGCUCGUCAAGUGUGGGGUCAAAAGGGGUGACACCGUAGCCGUCUACCUUCCUAUGAUCCCCGAGGCGUUGGUGGCUCUUCUUGCCAUUGUGCGGAUCGGCGCUGUCCAUUCUGUGGUUUUUGCCGGCUUUUCCUCCGUCUCGCUCGGCGAAAGAAUCAACGACAGUAACUCCAAGCUUGUAAUCACCGCCGAUGCCUUCAGUCGUGGAGGCCGAAUCGUGCAUACGAAGGCUAUCGUCGAUGAGGCUUUGCAACAAGCGCCACAGGUGGCGCACGUUGUGGUGGUGGAGCGCAUUGGCCAGACGGACUCUCCAAUCACCAUGGUUCCGGGUCGUGACUUGUACUGGCACGAGGAAACCGCCAAAUACAACCCCUACUACCCAAUAACGUCCAUGAACGCCUCCGACCCUCUUUUCUUGUUGUACACGUCUGGCUCCACCGGCAAGCCAAAGGGGAUCCAACAUCUGACUGCAGGGUAUUUACUUGGUGUGGCACUCGCCCUCACCUGCACCUUUGACUUCCAGCCAAAGACCGAUGUCAUGUUCUGCGCGGCCGACAUUGGCUGGGUCAUGGGGCACACGUUUGUGAUGUAUGCUCCAUUGGUCUUGGGGGGCACCACCGUGGUGUACGAGGGCACGCCAAACUACCCGGACUGCAGCAGAUACUGGGACAUCAUCGACAGACACCAGGUUACACACUUCAGCACCGCUCCUACCGCGUUGAGGCUCCUCAAGCUGGCUGGACCGUCGUUCAUUGACGGCUACAAGCUCUCCUCUCUUCGUAUUUUGAGCUGUGCGGGCGAGCCUAUCGCUCCAGAGAUCUGGCACUGGUUCAACGACACGGUGGGGAGAGGUAAAUGCCACUUGCUAGAUACCUACUGGGCGACUGAGGCCGGCUCGCACUUAGUGGUGCCGUUUGCAGGGGUCACCCCAACCAAGGCCGGUUCUGCUGGCAAGGGCUUUUUCGGCAUUGAUUUGGCGGUGUUGGACCCUCGCACGGGCAAGGAAAUCACCGAGCUGCCAGCCCGCGGGGCGCUUUGUAUUCGUUCUGCCUGGCCCCUGAUGACCACGGGGAUUUACCAGGACUAUGCGAGAUUCAAGAAGACGUAUUUGGAAGACUACCCAGGGUUUUAUGUCACGGGUGACGGUGUUUACCGCGACGUUGAUGGCUACUACUGGGUCUUGGGGCGUACUGACGACGUGGUUAAUGUUUCGGGUCACAGGCUAUCCACCGCUGAGAUUGAAUCCGUCUUGAUCCAGCAGGAUUUGGUUGCCGAUACCGCUGUUGUUGGGUUUCCCGACGAGCUCACAGGCCAGGCCGUAGCUGCUUACGUAGUGUUGAGAGACGUAGAACGCCUCCUGAACGAGAACGCCGUGAAGAGUGAAUUGGUGCAGGCCAUCAGAAAGGAGAUUGGACCGUUUGCCGCGCCAAAGUUGUUUUUGUUCGUCGAGGAAUUGCCAAAGACACGUUCUGGGAAGUUGAUGAGACGUAUUUUGAGAAAGGUCUUGGUGGGCGAGGAGGAUCAGUUGGGCGAUAUCUCCACCUUGGCGAACGAAAAUUCGGUCAAGGGGAUUAUUAAGGCCGUUAAAGGAAGGAGAUCUACAGGGUCCAAGUUGUAAAUCCAAUUUUGUUUCUAAUUCUGUCGCUCCAUGGGUUGUUUUUGUAAUUUUAACCCGUACUGUUGCUUGCGUGUAGGUGAGGAGAGCCUGGAAUCUUAAGGUUAUGUCCGCAAUAGGGCAAUUCAGCACGUU